AUGGCUAACCAGCAGGCUCAAGCAGCAGCCCACUCAGCAGCUAUUCGAAAUUUGGAGCAACAGAUGGGGAAUGGAAGAGAAUUAGAAGAAGUCCCAUCUAAGAAUAAAAAGCAAGUGACGUUUACUGAAAAACAACCCACCACAGAAGUCAAAUCGGAAACUGCAAAAGAGUCGGAGAAGCCAAUUGAAAAGGCUGUGGCAAAGCAACCACAACCAAUAAUUGUGAAGCCACCACCUCCGUUCCCUCAGAGAUUGCAGAAGGUGAAGGAUAAUGCGGCCUACAAAAAGUUUCUUGAUAUUUUGAAGCAGGACAUAGUGGCAAAUAAAUGGAGCUUGACAGAGUUCGAGACUGUGGCACUCACUGAUGAAUGUAGCUCAAGAAUUCAAAGCAAGUUACCUCAGAAAUUGAAGGAUCGGGGUAGUUUCACUAUCAAAAUAUCGAUUGGUAAGCACGCAGUCGAGCGAGCUUUGUGUGAUCCUGGGGCGACCAUCAAUUUGAUGCUGCUAUCUGAGUUCAAACAAUUCGGGUUGGGUGAGUCGCGCCCAACCACGGUGAUUUUACAGUUGGCUGAUCACUCCCUUGCUCAUCCUGAAGGUGUAAUUGAAGAUGUGUUAACUUAA